AUGGAGCUCGAGGCCAGCGUCGCGCGGCUCCUGUCGGUGGAGGCCUCCGUGGACAUUCUCGGCGACUUGCGCGAGCUGGACGGGCUGCUGGGAAAGCUCUUCGGCUCGGGGGCGGGCUUCGAGGCCUUUGUGGAGGCAGCCCACCUGUUCGGCCUGGACGAGAAGGUCUUCCUGACCCGAUCUGUCGAGUGCCUCCUGCAGGAGCUGGGCGCCUCGGAGGCCUUCGCUGAAGCCCACGCGCAGAGUUUGGUGAAGGCUGUCACGGCAGAGAACCUGGAAACGGCCAAGGCCGUGGGAUCUAGGCUGGCACGGCUGCAAGCCACACCUGCAGAUCUCCGGGAAGUCCUGCUGAUCUUCCUGCCGCCGGACUCCGUGGAUCAGGCGGCCGCUGGCAUCCUGGAUGCUGCGCUGCAGACCCUCGGCCUGUCCCCCGCCGCCCGCGAGGCGCUGGCUGGCCAGGAGCUGCUGCUGGCCGAGGCCCUUCAGGGCCGCCUCGACCUGGCGCUGCUCCGCGCCGUCGUCGCAGCCCAGCAGCUGGACGUCGACCUCCCCGAGCAACACACAGAGCCCGCGGAGCCCGCGCGCCGGCUGCGCGCCCGGCCCGCCCAACAUGGCAGAGGGCCAUUUCCACGCCGUGGGGCCUUGGGUGCCUUCAGCAGAUGGGGAUCGCAGCAGGGAGCUGCUUUGCUCCGAAAGAUUCAGCAGGUGGAUGCGUCCGGCCAGUCUGCGCGGCGCCUGGCGAACGACACCAUGAGCUCUGCACUGGUCAGCGCGGGAGUCCCCCCGCAACACGCGAUGCGGCUAGUUCAAGUCAUGACGAGUGCCAUCACCUCACCGCCUUCAGUGUCUGACGUGUAUCGCGACCCGCUUGGCUCACUUCAGUCGCUUUGUGCAGCCAUGGGCAUCUCCUUGGCGGAGGACUUAGUCAAGCCGGCUUUGGGCUAUAUGCUGCGCUGGUUCAAGAUCUCCGAGGAUGCAAUCCUGCAGUGCGGAUCAGCGAUAACAGAUCAGAACAUCCGCAGGAAGCUGUCCGACGCGCAGCGAAUCCUCCUUGACUUGGUCGGUGGAUCCUUCUCAUUAGAUCUUGUGUCUCAGCUUGGUCGGAUCUGUAACCUCGACUCUGCCUCAGCCCUCAUCGCGCCAACCAUUUCCAGCUUCAUGCUGCGAGCAGGUGUGGAGCCGCACGUCAGCGAGUUGCCCAAGCAGCACUUGACGAUUCCACUCCUGGGGGAGAUGGCUACCGAUGUUGUUGACCUGGUGAAGUCCAUGGCGGGCGUCGAGGCCGGAGAUGUCAUGGACGCCCUCGCCCGAAUCUGCAGGAACCUCGGCGUCGCGGAUUUCUUUGAGGACGUCAUUGCCCCAGCUUUGCACUCGUUUCUGCUUCGCCUUGGCGCCGAGCCCAGUGCUGCCAUGUCCGUGAAACGAAGCGUCUCUGAAGAGACGCUCAGGUCGCUGCAAGCCUUGGCAACAGAGAUGCUGCAGGGAGAAGUGUCGCUUGACAUGCUCAAACGCUUCUCCUCUGCCCUGGGCUUUGAGCUCCUGCCCAUGCUGAAGUCCAUGCUGAGAACGCUCAUGUUGCGGCUGGGAGUCUCCAGACCUGUCGCCAAUGCGAUGGCCCAGAACUUGGACCUGCAAACCUUCAGCGCCGGCAGGCAGUCUCUGGCCACCUCACUUCUAAGUGGCGAGAUCACGGGCGCGCUCCUUGAGGACUUUGGACGACAGCUCGGGGUUAGCCCCCUGGAUGUGGUCUACCCGAGCCUGCUCUCAAAGUUGCGGGAGUCCUGCGUCCCCACAGAGGUGGCCAAGAAGCUGUUGCAAGCAGACUUGGGUGUGUUGGUCGACUCCCUGGGAAGCUUCCUCUCCGGCCCGCCGACCUUGGCCAUGCUUGGGACUGCCCUCAGCAAGCUGGGAGGAGGCAGCCUCUUGCUGACGGAUCUCGUGCAGCCGAUGGUCCGCUGCCAACUGCUGAGGACGUUUUGCAUGGACCACACCAUGGCCAGCCGCAUCUCACAGGCAAUCUCCAAUGAGAAUCUUCCGGUGCUCAAGGAGGGCGUCGAGUCGAUCAUGCGGGGUACCUUUGACCUCACGGUCCUCAGCGGCCUCGUUGAGCAGCUCGGGCUGGUGGAGGACACGCCGGACCUCCUGAAGACGUACCUGAGCCCGAUGCUGCAAUGCGCAUUGAAGGAGCUGGGGGCAAAUCCGCUUGCCGUCAAUACUCUUCAGGUCACUGGGCCCACAAUGACCAAGUUGAAGGCUCCUCUGACGGCCAUGAUCUCCGGCGAUGUCUCAGCGCGGGUCCUGCUUGAGGUUUGGGAGGGUGUCGCUCAGGGGACUCCCCUUGCUGGCGAGAGCGGCUUCCUGCGGGAGAUCCUGGCGCCCAGCCUCGGCCGCCUCCUGGGCUCCCUGGGCGUGCCGGCGCCGGUUGCCGCGCAAGUUUCAGGCGCCGCGGGCGCCGUGGGCGCCGCGGGCGCCGCGGGCGAAGCGACGUUGGGCAAGCUGAGCCUUGAGGCGGUGAUGGCUCUCCAGGAUUCCGUGCACGCCGUGGCAAAGGACCCGAGCUUCAGCUCCCUGCACAGCCUGAUCCGCAACCUCGGCUUGGAAGAGGCCUUCGAGGGCUCCCUUCAGGAGUUUGUGUCCUGGCAACUGCAGCAGGUCUAUGUUGAGCCGGCACGAGCAGCGAACUUGACCUCCGGGCUGACCUUGCCAGCUGCCUCUGCGAUGUCGGGUGUUCUGACCUCUCUCAUGAGUGGCGAGCUGGAUGUUGGCCUUCUUGGAGAGAUCGCGUCUGCGUUGGAGCUUCCAGGUACCCAGCUGCUUCGCGCAGUUCUCGAAGGCUUUCUGCUGCACCACGAGAUGGACCUGGCGCUUGCGGAGUCGGUGAGCACGCUCGAUGCAGCUUCCCUUCGGGAGGCCGUGGACAGGACACUCAAGCUCGAAAUCGACGUGGCCUUCGCUCGCGACUUGUUCGGAGCCUCGAGCUCACGCGCAGCCGACAUGAUUGCGCCCUUGGUCCGCACCCUGGCCAUCGACGCAAGGAUCUGCCGGCCCCUGGCCAUGGAGCUCGAGGCCAGCGUCGCGCGGCUCCUGUCGGUGGAGGCCUCCGUGGACAUUCUCGGCGACUUAAACGAGCUGGACGGGCUGCUGGGAAAGCUCUUCGGCUCGGGGGCGGGCUUCGAGGCCUUUGUGGAGGCAGCCCACCUGUUCGGCCUGGACGAGAAGGUCUUCCUGACCCGAUCUGUCGAGUGCCUCCUGCAGGAGCUGGGCGCCUCGGAGGCGUUCGCUGAAGCCCACGCGCAGAGUUUGGUGAAGGCUGUCACGGCAGAGAACCUAGAAACGGCCAAGGCCGUGGGAUCUAGGCUGGCGCGGCUGCAAGCCACACCCGCAGAUCUCCGGGAAGUCCUGCUGAUCUUCCUGCCGCCGGACUCCGUGGAUCAGGCGGCCGCUGGCAUCCUGGAUGCUGCGCUGCAGACCCUCGGCCUGUCCCCCGCCGCCCGCGAGGCGCUGGCUGGCCAGGAGCUGCUGUUGGCCGAGGCCCUUCAGGGUCGCCUGGACCUCGCGCUGCUCCGCGCCGUCGUCGCAGCCCAGCAGCUGGACGUCGACCUCCCCGAGCAACCCGCAGAGCCCGCGGAGCCCGCGCGCCGGCUGCGCGCCCGGCCCCAGCGCCACCGCCGGCUGAGCGCGUGGCGCGCUGGGCAGUCCCAACGAACCCGGAACCCCUCGAACCGAGCAGUGAGGAGGCUGUCGGACACGGGCUCAGCUGACUCGGCGCCGUCAUGGAGCUACUUCCCGCUAUGCGUCUCCCUUGACAUGCGCAAGCGUCCGGAGAUGCUCCAAGUCUCCUGGCCUCUUGAGGCCAUGGUGGAGGUCGACGUGAAGCACCUAAGCUUGUCCGUGAUCACAGGACCCAUCGAAGCCACCAUUCCAGCCCUGGACAUCGAUGUGUCGAUGAGGAUGAGCUACGACAACGCAGGGGGUUUGCAGGCAGUAGGCAAAGCCUCUUACACGAGCGAUUCCAUGCGAAGCUACUUGGGUCGCUGGGCCGAUGGCAUCAGCGCAGUGGAAGUCCGGAGCUUCCUGGACACAUCCACCGGCGAGAUUGACAUGAAGGCCUCCGCAGUGCUGGACCCUGCCGCGGUGCUGCAGGAACUACCCCGAGAGCUUCAAGGUAAGCUGGGCAGGGCGGACCCACUCAUCCUUUCCGUGAGCACCUAUCGCCAGGACUCCAAUGCAAGUUUGGAGACCACGUUUGGCGACAUUCACGCCUGCGUGAGCCUCGACACACGCUUGGGAUCACUUCCUUUCUCAGCAUCGGCGUAUCUCAUUUACAGCGGCAGCGGUGAGGGCAACGAGACUGGCCUGUCUGUGAAGGCGCGGGCCAGCCUCGGCUUGGGACAUCUCCUGAAAGACCUCGAUCUGGAGCCGCUGGACCUUCGCUUUGCCUGGAGCCAGGGUCAGAUCUUCGCCGCCGGCCGUGCUGGGGGUACCUGGCAGCUUCCGCGCAUGGGCUCCGCGGAGGUCCGGCCCGCGGUUGCCUUGGAGGCCGCCUACGACGGGCGCCAGGGCGACUUCUCCGUGAAGGCUGCAGGGUGCGCCGAGGUCCUCUUGCCCCGGCUACCCGACCAAGAAGAAGCCACGCAGGUGCUGGUUGCCGCAAGCUUCGAGAAGGAAGCCGGGGGGGAGACCAGCUGGAGCGCCUUGGCCCACGUCGACGCGCGCUUCCGCGACGACUCGAUCUUGCAGAAGGUCCAGGGCCAGCUGCUCGCCGACCCCUCCGGCUGGAAGCUCUCCGGGCUUAUCGACAUGGCGGUUCCGCUUCCCAAUCUGGAGCGCACCAUCGACCUCCCAGCUCUGGCAGUGACGGUGGAGAUUCCCAAGAUCGGCGAUGCCUACGUCCUUAUCAACACCACAGAGGUCGUGAACGUCGUGCCGGAGGACUGGGGCCUUCCUGAGGCGGAGCUGUUUCUGCAGCUUGGUCCGAUCGUAGCUGAGGAGCAUCCCAGCCAUGAGCACUAUGACAGCCGCAAGGAGCAGCCCCUGUCCGUCUCCGCCGAGGUAGAAGGUCAGCUGGACCUUGAGAGGUUCCUGCCAGGCCAAAGCAUGAUCAGCUCGCUCGAUGUCAGGGUUCUUGCGUCCUCUGUGCAUGGCCUCUCGGUCAUGGGCUCCACGACCGUCAGCGUGGCUGACAUUGCCGAGCUGAACCUGACGAUCUCGGGCGAUCCUGCAACAGGCCCUCGACUUCUUUGCCUUGCCUGGCGGUGGGUUGGCAACUCUGGGGAAGAUUUCCCUGCCUCCGUCGUGGCUUGUAACUAG